AGCCGGAAUGCGAGGGAAAACCAGGAUCCUCCACUUUCUGGACUUCUGUAGCUCACCCAUGCAGGAUUAGUUAUAGCUGUAGUAAACUGCAUACAGUAAAACAAACCCAUAAAGGAUUUAAGCUGGUGGCUCCAAAUGAUCCAAUAGACCACAAAAUGUUCAAAGUGUUCCCUAUGUGGAAAGGGGUCGGUGGGGGCCACGGAUGGUCCUGGCCUGUCUGUUUAAACUGGGAGGCCGUUGAAGGGCUGCAUUCUCAGAGUUUGGACUCUCCGGUUUGGUGCAUGCUGUGCCGAGAAAGCCGAGAAAAACUAAACCAGGCCUGCCAGAGAGGAAGGGAGGCACUCCAACUACCCAAAGCCAUGCUCCAAAUCAAACUUCCUCACAUCUUCGACGCCCACCAAGUGCCAAAGGCGUUUUUGGAGGACGGCAUCGUGUCUGGGUACCGGCAUCCUCAGAGCUCUGCUCUCGAAUGCAUCAUUAGCAGUUUUCAGAUGACUAAUGAGACUGUGAAUAUCUGGACCCAUUUCCUGCCAACCUGGUACUUCCUGUGGCGCUUCUGUUCUCUCUGUUCCUCUGUGGAUUUCCUGACAGAGAGCUACACAUGGCCGUUACUGGUUUACAUGCUGCUGAUCUGUGUGUACCCGUUCACCUCCAGCUGUGCUCACACCUUCAGCACCAUGUCAACCGAGGCACGCCACAUCUGCUACUUCUUCGACUAUGGAGCCCUGAGUCUCUACAGCCUGGGUUGUGCUAUUACAUACGGCUUCUACGUGAUGCCCGAGUGCUGGGUGAACAGUUGGCUCCACAACCAUUUUGUGCCCAUUGCCCUCGCCAACACCCUUUUCUGCACCAGCAUGUCAUGCUACUCCAGGUUCUUAGAAUUGCAGUUUCCACACAGGAGUAAAAUCUUGCGGACUGGAGCGUUCGUUGUUCCUUUUAUUUUUGACAACAUCCCUCUUUUCUACAGGCUGUUGCUGUGUUCUGGUGGGGGUUGUAACACUGACGCUAUAUCCAACCACUGUUACCACCUGAUUUUUGCUUUCUUGACGUGUUUCCUGUUCGCCUCUCAUCUACCUGAAAGGUUGGCUCCAGGACGUUUCGACUACUUCGGUCACAGUCACCAGCUGUUUCACAUCUGUGCUGUGGUUGGCACACACUUCCAAAUGGAGGCCAUUCUUGCUGAUAUGACAUCACGCAGGAGCUGGUUGAUGUUGCACUCGCACGGCCCGUCCUUCAUGAGCACGCUGGGUGCUCUGGCACUGGGCAUCCUUCUCAACCUGGGCAUCAUCGCCCUGUUCAGUGCCAGUCUCCUAAAGCCCAAGAUCAACACUGAGAAAAGCUUUUCUGCUAUCAGGAUUCUACAGAGUCCAGCCGGGUUGAAGGACGACUGAUGAAGCACUUUAGUAAACUGUCGGCAAGGUUUCUGCACGAUUGCACACUUCUCAACUCAUUUUUAAACGAUAUCACUGGUCCAAUCAUAGAAACCUUUUAAACAAGGGGUGCACUGAAAUUUUGGCCACAGUUAUUUUAUGGUUUAAAAAAAUGCACUUUUGGCUAAAAGAGUAAAUAUUCCAAAUAUGCUCAUCAAAUGAGAAAAUAUAAUAAUAUGUGAAUGAAAAAAACCUCAAAUGUUCAUUGAUUUUUUGGUCAUCAUUAUUUCUUAUUACCUUAAUUUUUUUAAAUAAUUAAGGAAGAGCUCAAAAUGAUUUUUGACAAAAUGAAUGAUUAUUGGUGAUGUUUUUAUAGGCCAGGCCUUGCAUUUCAGUUUCAACUGAAAAAAAGUUUGUUUUGUUCACCAAAAACAAAAAAAUGGUGCAUAACAAGUUUUUAAGACUAUAGCACUUAUGUAAAGUAUGUAAGAUUAAAGCACAUGUCCUUAUAACAUACAGGUGAAGUCUAAAGUUUAUAUACACUUUGUAAGUCAUGUGUAUAUCAUGGCAGUUUGGAGUUUUCACUAUUUUUGUCACUGAAUUAUGUUCACAAAUUUGGGUUUAUUAAUAAAAUCUGAUCAAAUCUGCUGGUCAGAAAGAUGCAGAAAACCAGUGUGUUGGUUUUCUGGCACGGACUUGAUCUUUCAGUUCAGUCAACGUAUUCUGUAAAGGUUUGAGGUCAGGACUUGGGUAAGUGUAAUUUAGCCUGAUUUAGUGAAUCCACAGCAGUGAAUGUGGUCAUUUUGAUGUGUUGAUUUAUGGUCCUGUUGAGACUGUGUUGAGAUUUAAGAAUUGCCUCUUAUUUCGCUUAUUUUUCUACAAUGCAUCAACUUUACUAGCAUCUGCUCAGAUCAUAAUACUACCAGCACCAUGUUUGACAGUAGGUACAGUGUUGUUGGAUUUGAAUACCUCACCUUUCUGGUCAAUGUGGCCAAACUAAAUCCUUGUUUUAUCGGACUCUAAUCUCUCUCCUUAAAAUUUUAUGGUGUCAAAUGUAGAGCAGGGACUUUUUUUUUUCACUUUCGCCUUCAAACCAAGGCUCACCAGCUUCUAAUUUAUGCCAGAUCCAGCAGAUUUUGUUGUACUUUUAUAUGAACAAAUUUAUAGAAAAACUGAAAUGUUCCAAUCAUUUUGGAUAAAUGAUUGAAAUCUAAACACUGCCUUGACAUACAUGUUUCUUACUAGAGUUGAACUGUGGUUAUUUUGUUUGUAUAUGUAUUCUAGCUGAAGACCCCAGUCCUUAGUACUUAGUUUUAGCUUUUAUUCAUUUUCUAUGGUACAAAAACAACUUUCUACUCAUCUUUCAGUUCAGCAAUUUACACAAUUAAAUACUGAGCCCAGAUGUACCUAAUCAGCCAAAACAUGUUUGGAGUUCAAAGCUUGUUUUCUUAAUAGUUUACACAUAAGUUACAUCUAAGUUGUGCUAACUAAAAUAAGCUCAUAACAGUUUAGCAUAGUGCAAACAUGUCAAAAGCAGAUGCAAAUGACAGACACCAAACAUGUCGUGACUGGAGUACAUGUGGUGUAAGUUAGAAAUUGUGUAACUGAAUCAGUGACUGAACUGUUCUUUGAGGAAAGAUCUGGGGUAAAAUGAAGCGAAUAUAAAGUGUAUUAUGUUUUAACACAAGUGCCUUGUAGGGAUUUUUAUAACAACAUCUAGACGUUACAAAUGUAUGCAAAUGUUACUAAUAACUGGAAGUAGCAUCAGUCAGGGAUUUUCUUUAGUAAUAUUUCUCAGUUAACAUUACAGUCAUAACCAUAACGAACGAGCCUUUUAAAAUCUGAAUAGUUUAAUAGACUGACAGGCCUAAAUGUUAAUGUUUGUUUGAAUGAGCAAUUCAAUUAAGCAAUUAAUUACAGUGAAAUCAAUGAAUGAAUACGAUUUUAUUGAUUAUAUAAUGCUAAUGCGUAGCUUUAUUAAUGCAGGUACAUUUGUUUCUCUCUGCAUAGUUUUCCACUAAACCAGUACAAUACAUCCAUUAACAUACAGUACAUACAUAUAUUAGCAUUAACAUUUAGUUAAAAGAAAAGCUGUUUUUACUUUUAAUAUACACUAACUCACCGGUGGUUUUACACUGUUAUUCCUCAUAAAAAUACAUGGUUAUGAAUUUUUACAGGGACAUUUUGUUUACAGUUUCAUGUGUUUUAAAUGCAAUACAAAACCUCUGAAUGUAACAUUUCAAUUGCAGUUCUAUUAUGUUGUGGAUAGUUAGUUUAUGUAGUCUCAGCAUUAGAGAUCAUGUUUUAUGACGUUGCUGUGACUAGAUCUGUAAACUCGCUAACUUCAUGUCAUUCUUGAGUUUAUUAGAUUACACUGAGACCCUGAUUUACUGAACUGUUACAUGUGCACAUCGGAUGUCCAACAAGCUUAUGGUCAGAUAUCGUAUAGUGUUUACAUCAUUUUAAUGUCAUUAUUUUUUUUCUUCUUUGGCAAGUUUCUUGUCAGAUAUGUGAAGCUUGAUUUACUUGAUAUUUUGCCAUAACAGAAAAUGCAAGAUUUGCUUGCAGUGAUUUAUUUUUUAACAGUUUUGUUAAGCUGUUAUACUAGUAUAGAAAAAUUGGAUUUAUUUUUAAUAGAUUUUUCCCUCUGGAUUGUCCCAUUAUUAAGACCCUCACAUGAGCUUUAUGACAGCCCUGUCUCUUUAACAGCUGAUUUCUUUACACUGAACUAAAAACUUCUUUUUAUGUGUCAUUUUUCUUUCCAUACUCUUUGUGUGUGCUGUCAUUGUUGCAGUUAUCCUUCCAUCACCUGCAAAAUGCUUGUAUUUUCUGUGUUGGAUUGCAGAUGUAAAUGAGUAAAUUAUUUUUUGUAAAUCAGGGCCUAAAUGUAAUGGUACUACAAAUACAAUGUAUUUUGAAGGAAUUGUGACACACUAACCUGCUUUUAUUUGAAUUAUUAGAUACAUUAGAUACAUCUAUUAAAAUGCAACCGUUUUAACAAGCUGCAGGUUCCUAGUAGGGACCAAGAUGUGUCGGUUUGGGGUCUUUAAGUGGAUCACGGGAUUAUAAAGAAAUAGUAAGUGCUGUAAUGAUUAUAUGGUGCUGUGUAUGUGUAUUGAAGUCUAUAGAAAAGUUGGCAGCAGAGGUCUUUGCACAUUGUGUCAGGUGCACACGUACGACUGUAUGAUAUAUUGUUCAAUAGUCGUUACCACUGCUGGAAGAUCUUGUUUAGGAUGUGGAUUAGACUGGUAGUCAUGGUGUGGUUACAGACUAGACUGUUUCAACUACUCAUCUUUGAGUGUGAUGGUCAUGUCAAUGUCAUUAUUAAAGAAUACAAUCUGUUACAGUGGUCAUCUGUAUAAGCUAUACUAUAUUAAGCUAUAUUAGACCAAAUUAAAGGUACAGUAAAAGAAGUGUUUUGACAUUUUGAUCUCACAAUACAUUUUUAAAUGUUUUUUCACAAUGCAUUUUGGAAGACUUUGGGUCAUGAGUGUGAAAUUUAAAGGGAAAGCGGGGAUUUUACAUCUAAAAUGCUCAUUUAAGACAUUGUUAACUGUGUUGUAAAGCUUUCAUUGUUAGGCCUCAUGAAAUGAAAUGUUUUUACUUGUUAACAUUCUGAAAACAUUUUGCCUUAACAUGAAUUAAUGGCCCAUUUUACAGUCACAUGCAUUAUUUUAUAACAUUAUAACCAAUUGUGAAAUUAACAAUAAACUAGACCUUAAAAUAAAAUACACUAAUUAC